UGUCGCUGGCACUCUGGGUCGGAGUGCGGUGCUCGCUCGUCAGUGUGCUGCCCGGGAGCGAGGUCGGAGGUCAGUGUCAGCUGCGAGCCCGCCCGGUGCGCGCAGCCACUGACACCGACGACAUGAACUCGCCCAAGAUCACCGAAAAGAUCUGCCGCAGCCUCAGCAGGAAGCACCAGAGCAGCACCUCGUCCAUCAGCAGAAAGGGCGCCGGCAGCGACGGUGACAUCUCGUCCUCGCAGGGCUCUAUUCUGGAGAGGGUGAAAAAUGACAGAGUCACUCCGUCAAGGUCGGAAGAGGACCGCCACCGCAGGACCAUCAUCGUUGAGAGGAAGAAUGGCACCUUCGGAUUUACACUGCAGAGCUACGGCAUCCACUACAAGAGGGAACAAGAGGUCGAGGUGAUAACUUACGUUGACUUCGUCGACUACGACGGACCUGCCUUUCGAGCUGGAAUGAGAGAAGGGGAUGUGAUUUUAUCAAUCAAUGGCGUCGAUAUGGAGAAAGCGGACCACAAAACUCUCGUCUCGUUCAUCAAAAACUGUGAUUUGCGCAUGCGAAUGGUUGUGCUCUUUGAAGACUGCGUACGAAAGGUUGAGCUACACAUGAGAUACAUCACUCUGCAAAGGCUGCUGACCGAAAGGACGGCCGAGCUGGAGCGGUUGACGGUGAAGGAACGCGAGUUGCUGGCCGGCAAGUGGAAGAGCCACAGUUUGCCAGCAAGGAAAAAAGCCUCUGCGGCUGCCCACGCACCCACGGCCACCACCCUGCUGCACGCAGACCCCUGGCCCACUCAAAGCUCCGACGACCUGUCCAGAACAGCUCAGUAUCAAUAUGCAUUGGACGGAGGCUGUCGCUACCUGAUGCCAGCCAGGGCCAAGUACGUUCCUCCGGCCAGCUGCAGUGGCAGCGCCGAGUACCUCGACUGGCCGAGCUCAAACUCGAUGACCAGCGUUGUCGUGGCUGAACCUGCCGGCAGAGUUCAAGCCACCACUGCGUAUGAGGUGUACUAUCGGCAGCCAGGAGGAUUCUACCUGGUCCCAGCGGCACACCAGGCUCACCUACCUGAACCAAUCUACUAUCAGCUGCAACCGACUAAUCAGUUGAGUGGCUCGGCGAGUAGUUCACAAGAGGUGCUGGAUGGCGCCGAGAGGAGGAACUCGGGCAACGAGGUGCAGGACGACGGUUCAAACAGCUCCAAAAACAACUCUUGCAACCCUUGUGUGAAGCACAGCAAAGACUGCUCGACUGACACGUACGACCUCAGCAGUCCCUGUUGCGAUCCAAGAUGCGUGUCCAACAGCAACAGCUCAAAGAGGAAGUCGAAGAAGAACAAAAAGGACGAAAAUGUGCAGCAGAACGGCAAACCACCAAAACCGCCAAAGCCCAAAGAUUUGAAAGGUUGGAGGGAGAAACUUUACAGAGUGCCUCUGGUGGGCCACGCGGUGCUGUCAGUGACCCAAUUUAAUCCCGUGCCCAAGAAGCCUCUGCCGACGUCUGCGAGCAUGCCGUCCCAGCCGCUGCCCGGACAACAACUGUCCGAGACGUGCACCGCGCGCAAGUACAGCAUCACCCCCGCCAGUCACUGCAGCCUCCAUUCGUGCGCCUCCAGCGAGAUCAGCAGCGCCGAAGACACCACCCUCACCUCGUACUCUACCUCGAUCAGCACGGACACCCUGUACUGGGACACGCAGUCCCACCAGCACGUCCAGCACGCCUCUCUCAAGAAGCAACACCAGUCGCCGCAGCAGAGGAACCAGCCACACUACGACCAGGCCGGCACUCCUAUUGGGCCACCCUACAAACCCAAGUCCUGGGACAACCUGACCACGAAGGCGUUCGGAGGGUAUGGCUUUGGAUAUGGUUACUCGGACACAGUCAAUCAGCAGCAGGCUGCAAGGAACAAAGCAGCACAGAAGGCGGCCUACAAGAGUGCGCUUCAGCAGCAGUACGAACAACAGCAGUACAACAUGCUGCAGCGUCUGCAAGGUGCACCCUACGUUUUGCAGCAAAGGGCACCAACACCCUCAUCCAAUCCAGGUGCCAAGUCAACGGAAAAUCUCAUCUCGGGCAGUGCGACUCCCGGCGGUGGAACUUUUGAGUCAAGUCUGAGUUGUGAGUGUCUGGAGGCAGGGGCCGUCGGUUCGCCUCUGCAGGAGAAUCCGCCGUCGCACUUUCUGAACAACUCGGUGCAGAGGAAGUCCAUCGACAGCAUCUUCUACAACUCUCAGCCGGUGGUGAGCAACACGCCGCCAAUGCUGAGCCGCAACAGCAGCAUCGAGCGAACCAACGAAUCCAAAAGUCGGCCGCCGUCGAUGGUCGAAAAGUCCGAGGUCACCCGCUUAUGAAAAGAGGAAAGCUAGGCCGCAAUUUUUAGCCAAAGAUUUAUUUGAUCUCCUGCGCUGUAGUUGAGGAUGUACAAAGUCAGAGAGUGACUUUAGCAACUUUUGACCCCAUGGUUAUGGUUUUUUUCUCUCAUUCUUGUGAUGAUUGCUCAUGAGAUAAAAGACAGUCAUUUUAUAUUAAUUUUUUGCAAAUUAUUUUUCUACCUUGCAGAUAUACCUUUCCAUGCUUUUUUAGUCCUUGUAAGUCCCACAAUAUUAACUUUGUAGAAAAUAAUUCUUGUAGAGGAAAUUUAUUUUUUCCAAUAAUGCAAUUCAAUUUAAUUAUAGUCAAUUUAUAUAAACAUGCCCAAUUUCUAAAUUUUUCUUGUAUUUCCCAGAAAUCUAUGAAAUACAAAUUAAUUGAUUCAAAUUCAUAUUUGAGUAUAAAUAGUCGUGUGCAUUUUUAUUACAAAAUUUUAAGUUUCAAUUGGCAAAAUGAUGUGAUGAUCAAAAUUAUGUAAGAAAAAGCAUUGUUGUAGAUGAAAAUUAAGAAUGAUAAUUCUAACUAAAAAUGUAUGAUCAUAUCAAAAUCCAAAAAUAAUUUAGUAAAAUCUGGAAUGAAGUUGGAAUUACUAAAUACAUCGUGUAUAAAAAUUGUAAGUGAUGUCUGUGAUGUUUUAUAGUUACAAAACAUGUCAAAAUGAAAUGUUUAGGAAGCGUUUAUACCUUCAAGAUUGAUUGAUAAUAUAAAAUUUAAAUAAAGAUGAUAGAUUGUCAAUAAUAAUUUUUCAAUAUACUUCAAAAAUUUCAAUCUGCAAGUUUUUUGGAAUAAUGAAUCUGAAGAAGUUUAAAGAAUACUUUUCAGAGUUAGUGUUUUACUGGAUAUGAAAUUUGCGCUCUCAUUUUGUAAUUAAUUUUUGGUGAGGUUGAAUAAAUUCAACUGGAAUUUGUAUAGUUCUCAAAUUUUGUUUGCAGCAUCAUUGUUGAAUGAAGACAACAGUGAAAUAAAACUCAUCAACGGA